UUCCUAAGGGUCCACCCCAUGGGUGGAGUCUAGCUUUCUUCCCAGUGUUGGCUGACUUAGAGCUCAUGUAAACUAGUGGCAAUUUCUGAUCCCUCAGUCAGGCUUUCUCCCUUUCAGUUUCUGAUUCCCAAGUCCUCAUGUCAAGGUCUUCCAGACACGAGGCUUUCUCUUGAGUGCCUGGACUGCUCUCCUUUUUCCCCUGAAAAAAUUCUCCUAAAGAAGUCCCUACGCACACAAAUAAAACCAUGGACCUCAUUGGGUUUCUGAAGUCUCAGUUCCUGUGCCACUUAAUAAUUUGCUACAUAUUCAUUGUGUCCGGGCUGAUAAUAAACACUAUUCAGCUCUUCACACUUGUUCUCUGGCCAAUCAACAAACAGCUCUUCAGGAAGAUCAACUGCAGACUGGCCUAUUGCAUUUCCAGCCAGUUGGUAAUGCUGCUGGAAUGGUGGUCAGGUACUCAGUGCACGCUCUACACCGAACCCAAGGAUUAUGGCAAGUACGGGAAGGAAAAUGCCAUCGUAAUCCUUAACCACAACUUUGAAAUCGACUUUCUCUGUGGUUGGAACUUUUGUGAACGAUUUGGGGUCUUAGGGAGUUCCAAAGUUCUGGCUAAGAAAGAGCUUUCCUAUGUUCCUGUAAUUGGAUGGAUGUGGUAUUUCCUGGAAAUAGUAUUCUGUUCCCGCAAGUGGGAAGAAGACCGUGAGACGGUCAUUAGGGGUUUGGUAAAUCUUCGUGACUAUCCUGAAAACUUCUGGUUUCUGAUUCAUUGUGAGGGUACCAGAUUCACCCAGCAGAAGCACCAAAUCAGUAUGCAGGUGGCAGAAUCGAAGGGCCUGCCGAAACUCAAAUAUCACCUGCUCCCGCGCACAAAGGGAUUUGCUGUCACUGUGAAGUGUUUAAGAAAUGUAGUUGCUGCUGUAUAUGACUCUACACUCAAUUUCAAAAACAAUGAAAACCCAACACUCCUGGGUGUCUUAAGUGGAAAGAAAUAUCAUGCAGAUUUAUAUGUAAGAAGGAUUCCAUUAGAAGAAGUCCCAGAAGAUGAAGAAGAGUGUUCCAGAUGGCUCCACAAGCUCUAUCAAGAGAAGGAUGCCUUUCAGGAGGGAUACUACAGGACAGGCACCUACCCGGGCACCCCCAUUGUGCCACCUCGACGACCCUGGACUCUCCUGUGUUGGCUUUUCUGGGCCCUGCUGCUUCUGUACCCCUUGUUCCGACUGGUGGUUAACAUGAUCAGCAGCGGCUCGUCACUGACACUGGCCAGCUUCGCCCUUGUCAUCUUUGUGGCAUCUGUUGGGGUUCGGCGUAUGAUUGGAGUGACAGAAAUCAACAAAGGUUCCACCUACGGCAACAACGACAGCAAGCAGAAAUCCAAGUGAUUGGUUCAGGGACUGCUUUUCAUCCAAAGGGAACUUCAGAAAACUCUUGCUUCUCCUCAAUUGGACAGAGUGAUGAAGGUUGGAUGAGAGACUCCUGGGGAUAUAGCUAAAGCCCCUCUCCCUUUUGGGUGAGGGGGCUUGGUCUCAAAGCCAGAUGGGGAAGAAGAUGAAUUCUCAAAUCCCCUCUCCUAACAUUUUUAAGCGGGUUUUCUUUCUUUUUCUCUGUGUGUGUGCGUGUGUGAGUGUGUGAGCGCCUGUGUGUGUGUGUAUCCAUAUAUGCAGAAGGCCUAUGUUUUAUAAUAAUCCAAAACAUACUUUGGGGGUGGGCUAGGGAAUCCCUUUCAUCCUUUGGUGCUGAGUUUUCUGUAACCCUUCUAAAAGGUUACCAGGGAUGGAGUGGAGAGAGCUUUUACAAAGAGCAUUAAAUUAUGCCUCCAAGAACAAAAACCUGUAUGUCUGGUACAUCUGUGGUAUAUGUUUACACGGGCCUCCUUCCCUCUCUCCCCGGUCCCUCUUUCUGGCACGGCAUUUCUCUGGUCUUUAUCACAAGGUGAUCUGGAGUCUGCUUAAGCAGAAAUGGCUGCCAUGCCUGGAGACGGGGAAACCUUCUAAAGGAGACAGAUGCACCCUGAGGGUCAUCCCAGAUAAAAGGUUGAUGGAAAUCCAUCACCAGUAAGUGGGAAUCUGCCUAUAUCUGGAAGGGAGAAUGAAACGGAGCGAACUGUUGUGUGAAGGCUUUUGAAUCCCCCCUCCCUCCUAAAAAGCCUUUCUUUUCUCUUACUUGGCUCCUGGGUGACUUACCCAUGGUGUUUUUGCUGCUGUGAUUUCUCUGGCUCCAUCUCGUUCGUCUCCAAGCCAGCACCAGCAUGCCUGUGCCCUUCUCGCCCUCAAGACCAAAUAUAAUACGAUGACCCGGUGGAUGACCACCUUCUGUGGGUGUUCCCUUGUCCAUGACGUCAGCUAAUCAAAAUGCAAAACUAAAUAAAAAGCGUGAGUUCAUUGGCAUAAUCCAGAAAUCUCACCCAAUCAUGGACUUUCACUUGAUUAAAAUGCUAUUUAGCCUUUUUUUCUCAUUUAAAAAAAAAUAUCAUUAGUAGCUCUCAUUGAAAGCUGCUUUUGAUCAAGGCAGUGGUCUGUCUUAUGUAAUUCCUAAUUGAUUCUACCAAAGGAUUCAGCCCAUGAGACUUUGGGAUAGAACUUGGAGGGGCGUCCAGUAUGAAGGACCCCAUGCUAACAUCUGCUUGCUAGCCAACAUAGCCAACUGCUAGAAAAAAGCAAUAAUUUACCCAAAAGAGAACUGUUUUUAUACAAGAUAGUUUCCUUUAGGGACAAUUAUACUUCAGGUAGUAAUGCUACGCUCAGUUUGGUUUUUUAAGUAACAGGUAUAUGUAUGACUUUGGCCAUUUCUGGUGAGUCAUCUGGGGAUUUCUUUUUGUGGACACAAACCCAAUAUCAAGCAUUAAUGCAGGAUAUUGACUCUUAGGUAAAUGUAAGGUUCAAGGCUCCUUCUCUUCAGAGAGCUCUACUUUCAGAAAACCUGUUUCUUUUUCAGUCCAUUAAUAUUUAUUGAAUGUGACUGUGUUCUGCAGUGCAGAAUUAAAGAGCUUUUGAUCUAUGAGAAAGAAGAAAAAAUAAAUGUAAACAAGAAACAGGACCAAUCAUACUCUGGAGAUGUGACUGAAUGAGCCCAGUUUUGUAUGAGGCUCACACUGUCAUUUUCAUUACUUUAAGUCACAUCAUUGUGAGUAUAUAUAUAGAUCCUAAGGGUAGUGACUUAGGAAAUAAACAAAAUGCUUCUUCCUCAUCAUUUUCUGAUGACUGAAUUACAGUGUCAUAAGACUAAUCAUGAGCUAUUUUCUAAACCUGCCUUUGAACAUAAACAAGAUAAAAUAUAAAGGGAGAACAUGCUGGGCUAUAUCAGUGGUAGUAAUUUCUAAAACUGGAUUUAUCUGGACCUUCCAUCAUUUUUUUUUUUUGGCUGAGGCAAUUGGGGUUAAGUAACUUGCCCAGGGAUCACACAGCUAGGAAGUGGUUAAGUGUCUGAGACCAGAUUUGAACUCGGGUCCUCCUGACUUCAGGGCUGGUGCUCUAUCCAUUGUACCACCUAGCUGCCCCUUCCACCAUCUUUUGUAAUCUAUCCUUUGUUCCUUGCUAACUUUAGAGCACAAAAUAUUGUCCCUAUUUUUAGAAAUUUUUGUUUUCUUUAAAGAGAUUCCUUGUAUUUUAAAAUUGUCUUUUAUCAUUCUAAUUUGGCAAGGUUCUCUUACCUUUUACUACUUCUACUUUGUGGUGGGUUUGACCCAUUCAACAAAACAGCGUAAGAUCCCAAGAUGGUUGGCCAAGAAUAAAAAACCCAAAGGACCUGUUUAAAUAGAUUCUUUUUUGAGUUAGGGAAUUGUAGAUUAAGAUUCUCUUUCUCUGACUUCUUAGCAUCUAUCUGUUUGACAUCCUCAUCUUGAGUUUGCCCUUUCUACAGCUUGCUUACAAAGGAAUUAAGUGCUGAAACCUAGUUAUUUUCUAUUAGCUGUAAUAUCUAGAUUCUUUUGAAGUUGAAAGAUGGGACCAGUGAUUUAAAAUGUAUCUAUAGAUUUAAAAUGUAUGACUAAGCAAGUACUUAGUGAUAUAGUACCUGCCUAGUUAAGAAAUGAUUAUCAGUCUGUCCCUUAUAGCAAACCAGGGCACUUAAUUGGAGACUAACCUUGGAAAGGAAGCUUAUCCUAAAAUUUCUGAAGGUUACUUGUUUUGUGGACAUUGCAUAUCUUUUAAAAAUGAAACUGGGCAAAAAAACUUUACUUGGGCAGCUGUUCGGUUCAGGUCACUUUAAUUUUCAAUACUGGCUUAUCUCCCAUAGUCACUGGCAUCUCUUUAAAUGCUUGCAGUAGCCAUAUCCAUAUUUAUAAGUGGAAAGUUAAAUUGCUCUGAGUAAAAACAAUUUAGACAGCAAAUCUGCCAUUAUUUAGAAAUUGAUGAGCUUGAGCCCUUCUACUAAAGAUCACAGUAUUUCUUUGAAUAUGAUGGGUACCAGGAUAGUGGAGAGUCCCAAAAAGAAACAUAUUUGACUUUGACUACAAGAUGUGCUUUUUUAUUUACCUUUAAAUUUAAACACGCUGAUGUUUUGGGGAUUCAUAACACUUCAGCAAAAUAAUAAAGCCACACUGUGAAGAAUCUGCCUCAGGAUCAUAGGAUCAUAAAUACUGAAGCUGGAACAGACCUCGGAAGCCAUUUCAUCCAGUUCCCUUAUUUUACAGAUAAGGGAACUGAGGCUCAGAAAGAGCUGGAAAAUUAAUAUAGAUUGCCCUGCACAAGUCUUUUUACUCCCCCAUUCCCUGCUAGAGAUUUAUCUCAGAUAAAAGAAAUAGUAAUCACUCUGAUUGAUCUAUCACUUAGUCCCUAACUUGGGAUAAAGAAUAAAGAACCUGCUGGGCUAUCAGCCUACAUAGGAAAAGAAAAAAGUCAUUAGUCAACAUGAGCUAGUGAAUAGUAUCAUUAAAGGACUUUUAUCACCUACUUUUUAGUUAUGUAAAACAGAAUUUUAAAGUAAGAUCUAUCCAUAAUCAGAGUUGACUAUAUAUUAUCCAGUCCUUCUUUUCCUAAAGCUUUUGGAUGAAGUGUGUGUAAUCCUGCCUGGAAAAGGUACUUGCCAAAAUGUAAUAAAAACUCUUCUGGUUUACUGUAUUAAAAGCCGUACAUAUUGUCGUCUUGUUAGGCAUCAGUGUUUAUCCUCCAUAAGCGACUGUGUUUUACAAUUGCCUUAACAAAAGUAGUCUUAAUUUUGUUUACAUGGGAAAAAAAAUAAAAAACAAAAACAAAACUGAA